UUCUUAAUGAUUGUCUGUUAUCAGCAAUACUGGUAAUGCACAGGUUUUAUAAUCCUUGUUUUGUUUCUGCUCCUUUGUCAAUGGUCAAGCAUUAACCUAGCAAUGAUACUACUGAGAUAGGGAUUACAGUAUUUAAAAGGUAAUUAAUAAGCCCAUGUUUUGUUGUUGAUCUAAGUUUAUGAUUUUGAAUUUAAAUUUGCUUAAACUACUGUUUAUUUUGGUUCCUUUGUUUUGUUUAGUGAGACUGCAAGAGACGCUCCUUUUGGAUAUAAUUGGUGAGAACAUUAAGUUUACAGAUGCAAGUGAAGUAUUUCCAACAAUAGAACGCCGGCUCCGAGGAAAGAAGGUUCUGUUGGUUCUUGAUGAUAUUAGCAAUGAUGAGCAGUUGGACUCAUUAGCUGGAAACCAUGAUUGGUUUGGUACUGGUAGCAGAGUCAUCAUAACCACUAGGUUUCCAUUUUUGCUUAAAUUCCAUGGCGUUCAUCACCAAUACAAGCUCGAGCUAUUACACGAAGAAGAAGCUCUCGAGUUAUUUUGUUGGAAGGCCUUCGAAAGUAGAGAUGUGGAUCCGAUUUAUAUGGAACUAUCAAAAAGUAUAGUGAGAUAUACCCAAGGUAUUCCAUUGGUCUUGGAAUUAAUUGGUUCUGGCUUGUUUGGUAAGCCAAUUUCUGAAUGGAAAUACAUUUUUGACAGUUACCUUAGUCAUGGUGAGGACGAUCAAAGUAUUUGGAGGCUCCUUCAUAAGAUCAGCUAUGAAGGUUUGGAUGAUGAUGUGAAAACAGUUUUCCUUGACAUUGCAUGUUGCUUCAAUGGUUACAAAGUGGACUUUCUUACUGAUUUGUUUUUAAAUGCUCGUGGUUUCUCUCCAACAUAUGCUUUACAAGUGUUGAUUUCCAAAUCAUUAAUAAAGAUAGAUGGUGGUGUGGUUAGAAUGCAUGACACGGUACAGAUGAUAGGUAGGUCAAUUGUUAAGGAGGAACCACCUAUAGAGCCUGGUAAACGCAGUAGAUUGUGGUACUAUGAAGACAUUCUUGAUGUCCUAAAAAACAAUACGGGAGGUCCUGCUGUUGAAAUCAUGAAGAUUGACUUGCCUAAAGAUAAACAAGUGCUUUGGGAUGGAAACGGGUUCAAGAAUAUGGAAAACCUCAAAAUUCUUGAAAUUAUAAACGCACGCUUUUCAGAAGUUCCCAAGAUCUUCGCAAACAGUCUGAAAGUGUUGAAUUGGAAAGGAUACUUUGGAGGAGCGAACCAGUGAAUUCUCACUCGUUGCAUUUUACUUUUACUCAAACCACAACCAAAAAGGGAGGAAGGGGCAAACUCAAGACCACCAAAUCCGUCUCCAGAUCCUCCAAAGCCGGCCUUCAAUUCCCCGUCGGCCUCAUCGCUCGCUACCUCAGUUUGUGAUCUGAUGUUGGUGUUGUUGUUUUUGGGGGUUUAGGUUUUGGAGCUUGCUGGGAACGCUGCGAGGGACAACCAGAAGUCGAGGAUCAUUCCGAGGCACAUUCAGCUUCCGGUGAGGAAUGAUGAGGAGCUUAGCAAGCUGAUGGGAUCUGUAACGAUUGCGAGCGAAAGAUUGGAUCUGCUAGUCAAGUGUUCUAGUUAUGUAUGUAAGGUUGAUAGCUUCACUCUUGGUGAACAAAAUGAUGCUUAGUGUAGUUGUUGUUUUGGUUGGUCAAGUGAUGUAUUGAGAUUAGAGGGUGUAUAGCUCUUCAUUUUGUGAUAAAGUAAUUGAAUUUCAUGUUUUGGUCUAAACUAUCUUUCGUUUUCCACUGGAGCUUUUAUGUGCUUUUGCGUUUCUGCUUCUUGUGUCCUUGUUAUGAUUAUGUUAACGCGUGUUCUGUAUUUUUGUUCUUUCACUCUGGCACCAAUUCAGUUUCAUCAUUGAACCCUGCCAUGGGCAUGAUUCACUCUUUGAAGUAAAUAAAAGUAAUGUUUAACAUUCAGUGUUGACUGGGUCAUUUGAACAAGGGUUUUUCAUU